AUGCUGCCGAUUGGUAUAAGUGAUGAUGGGCUAGUUUUAGCAGCCUUAGAUAAGAAGAAAAAGGGCUUAGAAGCUGCCAUAAAGGAUGUCAUGGGUAACGAGCCAGGGCUGCCUCCGUUCGACUUGGAGCCCCUUCCCCCCCUCCAUCGCGGAAACUUCCACUCGGCAUGGAGGACGGUUCGGCGGCAGAAGAAAGAGGUGACGUUGGCCAUGCAUAGUCAGCCGGUGCCCCUGGUAAACGCCUUCCUCAUUGGGGUGAAGAUUGAUGUUGGGGAGCUGGCUCAUACUAAAGCUACCAGCUUCUCAAAUCGUGUGCAAAAGACAGUCCUGUCUUCGGCCAAUGCUUUUGGGGUAAUGUAUUUGACCCUAGCUAGGGCAGAUAAGGAGGUGGCGAUGGCGAGGCGUCAGACGGAGGCACUAAAGACCAAUAGGUUUGAAAGGGAGUUCAAGGAGCGAAGAAUCUGGGGGUGGCAGAGGAGGCUGUGGUCGAAGCCGACGAAAGUGGAGGAGGUCACUGCUACUCAUACCGAGGUAGUGAAGGAGUACAAGGCUACGGAUGAUUUCAAUAACCUUGUACUCGAUAGGAUGGUAAAGAAGCAAUUUGGUUGGGAUAAGCUUAUGGCGAGGUUCAAUCCUACGAUGGAGAUAAACUUUGAUGCCAGCAGCGUUCCUCCUCCCAUCCCUCUUGGCAAGGAAUGGAUGUUUGCUUCCCCAUUAUUUGCCGAUACAGGUAUUUCGCCCAAUCAUGAAGCUAAUGCUGGUGUCGAAGGUAGAGGUGGUGGCGAGACCAAACACAUCGAGCAGAUUACUGAAGAGGUCCGGGGCAUGGAUGCCGAAGCCUAA